AUGCCUGGAAAAUGUGGACCUCCCGGUCCUGUAGGUGAUCCAGGAAAUAGAGGACGUAAUGGAGUUGCUGGAAAAGUUGGAAUUGAUGGAAAACAGGGAAAUCAAGGAAUUCCAGGAGGAUGUGGACAUUGUCCUAAACCUAUUAUAGUAACGAAUAAGUUUAUUGAUAAUUAAUAUAAUUUAAUUUUUGUUAAUAAACUCCUUAAUUUUAAAGGAAGAUUUAAUAGGCUAAAAAUUUAAAAAGUGUUUAAGAUAAGAUAGGAAAACUAAAAGUUAACAAGAGCAUUUAAAAAGGAUGCAAGGGCUGAUCGGAAAUAAUGAAGGUGCCUGUAAUAGAAACUAUCGGAAAUCGGAAAUAACUCAAAAGUCGGAACUCUCGUAAAUUUUCGGAAAUCAGAAUUUCAACCGAGCUCUGGUCAGAAGGUCGCAGGCUUUGGACCUUGGAACUUAUAUAUUAGUAGUGUGUCGAUUCCUGCCCGGUUUUAUUUUUUAAAUAAACUCUCUUUUGCUUGGAUUUUAACUCAAAUUCUUGCAAGAAAAACUUUUACUCUCAAUAAAAUCUAUCAAGCUU